UAUAGGUUAUGUCAAUUUUUAAUCACUGCGACUUUUGAAGUAAAUUUCAUUGUGUUAAUUUUAAUGUUAUUUUGGUUCAAUUAUUCUUUAUUAUACAUUACUUAAAGUUUUAACUUACAAGUUUAUAAACAUGAUGUCCCAAAAUGGUGCACCAAUAUUGGUGCUCAAUACAAACACGAAGAGGAAAUUUGGCCACAAGGUGCAAUUAGAAAAUAUUGCUGCAGGUAAAGCAAUUGCAGAUGUAGUACGCACAUGUAUUGGACCUAGAGCUAUGCUUAAAAUGUUAAUGGAUCCUAUGGGUGGUAUUGUAAUGACAAAUGAUGGUAAUGCUAUACUUCGAGAAAUUACAGUUCAACAUCCAGCUGCUAAGUCAUUUAUUGAAAUAGCUCGAACUCAAGAUGAAGAAGUGGGUGAUGGAACUACUUCAGUUGUCGUACUUGCCGGAGAAAUACUUGGAAUUGCUGAACAAUUUUUAGAACAAAAAAUUCAUCCUACUGUCAUAAUUAGAGCUUAUCGUCAAGCUCUUGAAGAUAUGUUAGAAAUUUUAGACAAAGAGUAUAGUAUUCCAUUGUCAUUAGAUGAUGAACCAAAACUUAUUGAAGUUAUUAAAUCAUGUGUUGGUACAAAAUUUAUUGGUAGAUGGUCUGAUUUAGCAUGUAGUAUUGCCUUAAGGGCUGUUAAAACAGUCAGUAUUAAAGAUGAAAGCCGUACAGAGAUUGAUAUAAAAAGAUAUGCAAAAGUUGAGAAAGUGCCUGGUGAAGCCAUUGAGGAUUCUCAAGUUUUGAAUGGAAUAAUGUUGAAUAAGGAUGUUACUCAUCCAAAAAUGAGAAGAUUUAUUAAAAAUCCAAGAAUAGUACUUUUAGAUUGUUCAUUAGAAUUCAAAAAAGGAGAAAGUCAAACUGAAGUAGAAAUUGUAAAAGAAACUGAUUUCACAAGACUAUUGCAAAUCGAAGAAGAGUACAUUAAACAAAUAUGCUCAGAUAUUAUUGCACUAAAACCUGAUUUGGUAUGUACUGAAAAAGGAGUUUCUGACUUAGCACAACAUUUCUUAUUAAAAGCUAACAUUUCUGUUCUUAGACGUCUAAGAAAAUCUGACAAUAAUCGUAUUGCAAGAGCUUGUAAUGCUACAAUAGUUACUCGAACUGAUGAGUUACAAGAGAAUCAUGUAGGAACAGGAGCUGGUCUUUUUGAAGUAAAAAAAAUUGGUGAUGAAUAUUUUACUUUCAUAACUGAUUGUGUCAAUCCUAAAGCAUGUACUAUUUUACUUAGAGGACCAAGUAAAGAUAUACUUAAUGAAGUUGAACGAAACUUACAAGAUGCUCUGCAUGUAGCUAAAAACAUUAUGUUGAAUCCUAAAUUGGUUCCUGGAGGUGGUUCUAUUGAAAUGGCUGUCUCGCAAGCUUUAGUCAAAAAAAGUUCUCAAAUUGCUGGUGUAGUACAAUGGCCCUAUAAAGCUGUUGCUCAAGCUUUAGAAGUUAUUCCACGAACUCUUUUACAAAAUUGUGGAGUUAGUACUAUAAGAACAAUGACCUCAUUGAGAGCUAAACAUGCAGUGAAUGGUAAUGAACAUUGGGGUAUUAAUGGUGAAACAGGUGAGAUGGCUGAUAUGAAAGAACUUAAAGUAUGGGAACCAAUUGUAGUAAAAUCACAAGUUUAUAAAACUGCCAUUGAAACAGCUAUUUUACUAGUUCGUAUUGAUGAUAUAGUAUCUGGAACCAAGAAGAAGGGAGAAGAAGGUCAACAAAAGGCACCUGCUCAACCAACUGAAGAGUCAAUGAAAGAAUAAAAAUUUGCAAAAUGUUGCUACUUUUUUACUUAUUACUAAAUUAUAACACUUGUAACAAUCUGUUAAGUACUAAUGAUUUCUGAAACUAUUUUAUAUUACUUAAAACUAUCCUAACAAAAAUAUUUUUUGUAUGGUUUUACCUACAGCUAUAAAAAUUUAAUAAACAUAUUCAUACUA